AAUGUUCUCAAAAAUCGUCGCCCUCAGCGCUGUGUUGGCCGCCGCUAACGCUGGCCUACUGCCAUACCACCACGCAUCGGCGGUGUCUUCCCAAAGCAUCGUGCGCCAUGACACCCCCGUGCACUACGCCGCCGCUCCGAUCAUCCACGCUGCUCCCAUCGUCCACGCUGCUCCAGUAGUCCACGCUGCUCCCAUCGUACACGCCGCUCCCUAUGUACACGCUGCCCCUAUCGCCAUUGCCCAUUCUCAUCCCAAAUAUGACUUCGCGUACUCCGUGGCCGACCCCCACACCGGUGACCACAAGUCCCAGCACGAGAGCCGCGACGGUGGUUCCGUUCACGGAAGCUACUCCCUCGUCGAGCCUGACGGUUCCGUCCGCAAAGUAGAAUACACCGCUGACGACCACAAUGGUUUCAACGCAGUCGUCCACAAGACCGCCGGCUACCACCCAGCCCCCGUCGUUCACGCUGCCCCCAUCGCACAUAUCGCUAUUGCCCCAUUAGCGCAUGGACACCAUGGAUUCCAUCUAUUAGCUCUGUUAACGCUUAUAUCCGCCAGUAACGCUCUGUUUCCUCACCAUCAUCACCACCACCACCCGGCGAUAUCCCACCAAGAGGUGAUCAAGCACGACGGACCUCAUCAUCCGAUACCAAUUCAUCACCCGGUGCCCAUCCAUCACCCGGUGCCAGUCCACCACCCAGUGCCCAUUCAUCACCUGCCGGUGUACCACCACCUUCCAGUACCACAUGUACCUGUGCACCAUGUCCCGCAUCAUGACCAUUACGCAUUCCCAGAGUACAAAUUCGCGUACUCAGUCCACGAUCAUCACACAGGUGACGUAAAAUCCCAACACGAGUUCCGGCAUGGUGAUGUCGUCCAAGGAGGUUAUGAACUGGUGGAACCUGACGGCCGUUUCAGGAAAGUAGAGUACAAGGCUGACGACCACACUGGUUUCAACGCUAUCGUCCACCAUUCAUCGCCUCAUCAUCACUUCCAUCUGUCGCAACACGCGAUGGCUUGGAAGGUUUUAACGUUUUUGGCGAUCUUUGCGCUUAGCGAAGCCCGACCUCCUACGUCGGAACAAAAAGUCAAAAUAGAAAAUUGGCUCUCACAUAUUGGAUCUCAUGAGCCCGAAUCUCAAGAAGAAUAUGCUUUAGCGUAUCCGUCCUAUGAAUUCACAUAUGAAGUUUCGGACCCACAUACGCAUGACUUCAAGGGCCAACACGAAAAACGAAAGGGUGACGAAGUAAAUGGAUAUUACUGGCUCAUCCAGCCAGACGGUCUAAAGCGUACCGUCAAGUACCGCGCUGAUAAACACAGCGGAUUUAAGGCACACGUUGAUUAUACUAAGCACUUGGAAGAAGAAAGCAAUAAGGAAGAAAGAGAAGGAGAAGGAGAAACCAAUGAGGAAGAGAGCAACGCAGGUGAAAAUGAGAGUGAGAACUCUGAAGAAAAUGAAAAUGAAGGUGUCGUUGUUAGUGAAGGAGAAGGUGAAAAUGAAAACAAUGAUUCUGGUGUAGGAGAGGAAGAAGAAAACAGGGAAGAGCAAGAAGAAACAGAAGAAUCCGAAAAUCGAGAGAUUGAACAAAGGGCCAGUUACGGAAGAAAGGAGCACAGAGAUAGAGGUCGUAGUUAUGAACAAAAGAGUCAUGGUAGUGAAUUGAAAGCUACUGUUGGAAUCUGGAAACCGAGUAUUUGGAAUCAACAUCGUCGCCACGUAGAGUCACACCGUGGUGUAUCGGAAGAACAAAACGAAAAGAGUGAAGAUAAUGGUGAAGGUGGUGAAAGUUCUGAAGGUGGAGAGGGAGGACGAGGACGUAGUCGAGGUGCUGAAAAACGCCGUGGAAAAGGUCGAGGCGUAGAGCAGCAAAAUGAAAUGCACAAAAAGAGUGACGCACCCAAGAAGUCAGGUAGACGUAAUGAACUCAAGAAAGAAGAACACCAUCAAGAAAACCCAAAAAAUGAAAAAACCGAAAACGAAGAAAAAAACGAGGAAAAUCAAGAAGAACAACGCAACGAAGGUAAUGAAAAUAACGAGGGACAUAUGGAAAGUAAUCACAAAGGCUCUAAAUCAAUUAUAAUAGUCUUGAGUGUUGCACUCUAUGUGCAAGGUGAAGAGGAUGCUAUAUCAGAACAAAGAGUCGUGAUACAUCAUCAAAAAUCUUUCCGAAGUUCUCCGUCACACAAUGGACCUAAUAAAUCCGGAAACAAAGAUGCAUAUAUUGCAUUCGUCAAACAUUUUUUUUUAAGUGGGGUACAAUAUGGGGAAUCUAAUAAUGAUGCUGGGUCAUAUCCUUCGUAUGAAUUCUCGUAUAAUGUAAACGACCCCAAGACACGUGACAUCAAAGGCCAGCAUGAAACAAGGGAGGGUGACGAAGUAACCGGAAAUUACUGGCUCAUCGAACCGAAUGGACGAAAACGAACUGUGAAUUACCAAGCUAAUGACGAUAAUGGAUUUAACGCCCAAAUUGACUACACAGCAACUCUUAAAGAGGAAGAGAGACAUGAAGAUGUCAGUGUAAGCCAAGAAAAAGGCAAAGAUGAAGGUAAUUUAGAAAAAAAUAGCGAACAAGUCGUUGAAAUAAGUGUUGCUGAAGAAAUGCAAGAUAUUAAGGAUAGUAACGCUGCAAGUGAAGAUAAUGGUAGUCUACCCGCUACGGAAGAAAGUAGUUCAAGUGAUGAAUCAGAUAAUCAAGAAGAUGAAGCAAAUAAUAUCGACAAAGUUGAACGUGUGAAUGUUGAUAGUAAUUAUGAUGGUCAUUUUCCACAAAAUGCUAAAAUAUUCGAUAACUCUGAUAACAAUAUUAAGGAAAAUAACGAGCAUAGCCUUAACAAAUAUUCUAGAGGGAAUUUAUCAAAAAAUGUUGCAAAGAAAGGUAAAAAUGAAAAGAUAAAGAGAAACAAGGAUCAGGGUAGGAUUUCCACUCGCAAUAGCCAUGAAAGUAAUAGAAAUAUUAACGAUGGACUUAAAAAUAGCGAGCAUACCGAGCAAGAUGAUUCAAAACAAUAUGAGAAUAACAACAGAAAUUCUAAUAGAAGAAGAAAAACAAACCGUGGUAAAAACUUGAACAUACCACAAAAUAACAACAGUGAAGAUACUAGUGUUAUCGAAGACAAGGAAUUAAUAAAUGAAAGCCUAGAAAAUUUUUUAGGAAAACAACAAGGAUUACGAAAAGAGGAAAAUAACAAAGAACAAAACGAUUUUCGCAAUAAUAAAAAUUAUGCGUUCAUUAAUUUCGCGCCUAGUGACGAAAUUGAGCGGAAAAUUGAUAUACCACACAAUGGAGAGACAUUUGAACACAGAAUCCGCAUCUAUCACCCUAAGUUUAUAUCACCGACGCCGAAAAAGAUAAUUUUAAAGAUUCUAGUACUCGCUGCCUUCUUAGUGAUCGGUAGUGCAGUAGAAGAGACGAAAACGUCCGUCAAUGCGGCCAAGGUUUCCGCCAAGAAGGAAGAACCAAUCGAGAAGGUGGAAGAUGCCAAUAGCGAACCAUCGUCUUUGCAUUCAUACUAUGGAUCAGAAAAUAACCGAGUGUGGGACUCUCGAAAUAGUCGAGGAGAUGCACUCGAUUUAAGUGAGGAGGAAAAUAGGAUCGUGCAAGAUGUUUACAGCCCCGAUUAUUACGAGCCAAACAUAAUUUUGGACUACAGAUAUCUGAAAUCCGGAGGAAGAGGCUACGCGAGAAGCGAUGGUGGGCAGAUCCUAAUCCUUCCGAGAAGGAACCAUAUGCCAAUCUCGCACAACAACUAUGAUACGCUUAUAGAAUACCUACGCUUGAAACAUCUAGAAGAAAUGGAAAGGAAAUGGGGAAAGGUUUUAAGACAUGAACACGAUGAACACCGUGGACCGGAAAUGUAUGAUGAUUAUGGUGAAGGGCAUAGGGUUUAA